AUGCCUGCACCAACCCCACCUCCAUACCCCAUACAAGCCUCUCAGUCUCACCAUCAUCCGCCACCUUCUGCUCGUCCGCCUCUACCGCCUCCCCCAUCACACGAACCCAGUCACCAUCGUCAGGACUCCGCUCGCAUCCAACCCAGCAGCGCUGAUCCUGUCAAUCACAACCUGAAACACGUCAACUUCCCCCGUGACUGUUUGAACAGGUUCCUGUCCAUUGCCGCCGUGAACACUUCGAUGAACCGGGAGACUUGUGGGCUGCUGUUGGGGAAGGAUAAGGGGUCCAAGUUUGUAGUCACGACGCUCUUAGUCCCGAAGCAGCAUUCGACGAGCGACACCUGUACGAUGGACGAGGAAGAGUUGGUCAUGAUGUUUACGGAGGAGAGAUCGUUAAUCACUUUAGGAUGGAUUCAUACGCACCCCACGCAGUCAUGUUUUAUGAGCUCGGUGGAUCUUCAUACCCAUUCCGGCUUCCAACGAAUGUUACCAGAGUCCUUCGCCGUCGUUUGUGCGCCAAAGUCGACCCCCAACUUCGGUAUCUUUCGAUUAACGGAUCCUCCGGGACUGCAUGCUAUCCUGGACUGCAAUGCUAAAGAAGCGUUCCAUCCACAUCCUAACGUACCCAUCUAUACCGACGCGGACAAGGGCCACGUACAAAUUAAGGAUCUACCUCUUGAGAUAGUUGAUUUACGCUGA